UCCGGAAGCUACGCUGGUGAAAACGGAAAAUAUCCUAUCUUGAUCCUUACAAGCCAAGGCGAUUCGCAUCCCUUUCAGCAGCGGACCAUAGUUUUGGACGAUGUAAUCAAAGUCGGUCGUUCAGUCGCACGAGCCAAACCCGCAGACAACAAUGCUAUAUUUGAUUGCAAAGUUCUGUCUCGUAGUCAUGCACUUAUUUGGCAUAAAUUUGGACGGUUUUGGUUACGUGACACCAACAGUAGCAAUGGGACUUUUGUCAACAACACACGUGUUCCAAAGCCAACCGAGCCGAAUUCGGAUCGGGAAAUUUUCUCUGGUGACAUCAUUCGCUUCGGUGUCGAUGUGGUUGAACAUGAAACUACACACGGUUGUAUAAUUGCUCGUGUAACACUCUUCCAUGCCAAUGGAGUUGAGGCAAAGCAACACGUCGAUCGAAUGUCUGUUACUAACGGCUCAGUUGGUAUUGAGACUUUGUACGCAGAACAAGUGUUCCGGCUGGCGCAUUCCGUAGGGGAGGCAAUGUUUCGCGAACAGGUUCUUGAAAGAAAGUUGGAGUCCUUGAACCGUCUACUCCAGGAUACGCGGAAAAGUUCCGAGGCGGGAUGGCAGGCAAUGUUGAAUGAGGAGCGUUUAUUGCGGAAGCUCGACCUGUAUGAAAGUCAGCUGGCAAUCAUGAAGCAGGAUUUCCCUGAAGAUUCAUUACAGGCACAGCUGCGUCAAGUACUUGACGAGAAGUGCAGUCUUGAAAAAGCCAGUGAACUUAUGCUUGCUCGUAUUUUGUGCGAGAAGACCGAAGCUCUAACUAAGGUUACGAAUCUGGAGUGUCGGUUAUCAGAUUCAGAACGGGAGUGUGCACGCUUACGGCAGGAUUGUGAAGCCACUCAGGAAGCAUAUCAAUCAAUAACUACCGAACAUCAGUCCAAAAUGAUGGAGCUUGUACGGUUGGAGCAACAGUUACAGGACAUUCAAACUGAGAAGGAGAAUCUUGAAGCACUGCUCCGUGAGCGAACAAAAGAAGCUGAAGUUUUGCAAGAAAACCUGGCUAAAAAAACUAAAGUAUCGAAACCAUCCAGCAACCUCUUCCUUGGUGAAUCGGAUAAGGAAACUAAUUUCGCACUCAAUGGCAUAGAUAAUGGACCUUUUGAAAACCCGGAGCACAUUGGUGAUAAAGUUGAUGUCACGGAUCAGCUACAGUCCUCUCUGAAUCAGCGUGCAGAUUUGGUGCGGGACGAAAUUGCUCUUUCUGAUCUCACGGAACUGGAUCGUUACUGCGAAUUACAAGAACGUCUUGCGACUUCCGAAGCAAAUUUUGAGCAAAUGCUUGAUUCCACCAGCGAUGGUAUUUCUAUGCACCUUAUGGACAGUGUGCGGCAGUUUCAUCAAUCGAUGCAACUAAUCAAAUCCUUACAAGAUGAAUUGGCUUCUCUAGCUCAGCUCAAGUCCACCUUAUCUCGAGAACUGAAACAGGCUACGGCUGAUCCGAUAAAAUCUUCCCGCCCCCCAGUGGAAAACAAUGACUCCCGCUUACCGAACCAAUCGGACGAAGUUUACCCCCUCAUUGAUGAAGAUGUUCAGGAGAUCAAUGAUCAUGGAUUUUCGAACACGCUCAAUCGAGCGAGGAGUAUUACGGCCCGUGUAGCUGCUUGUCACGCUCGAGCUGAGGCUAGCCUUUCAUCGUACUGUGCCGAGCAAAGGCGUCAGACUGACAUAUGCAACAGUUCAGAGGACCUUCGGACCGCUAGAAGUGAAGUGGAAACUUACAAACAGAUGGCAGAAACGUUCAAGCAACAAGAUGUGGUCAAGUCAGACUUGCUACUUUCUGUCCGAGAAGAAUGCGAUACUUUACGCAAAAGAAUUGCCAGUAUUGAGGCAGACAUGAUUACCAGCCGAGAGGACCACCAGCGUCUGAUUGCUGAAGCCCGGAGGACACGAAGUGAAGCUGACGAGCUUCGUCAAGAGCGUGAUGCUCUCAAUGAUCAGGUUAACACGUGCAAUCAGCGGAUUGAACAGUUACAAUCUGCACUGAGAACCACUUUGCUGGGUCCGAUGGCAACACCGGCGGCGAACACCAUUACAAACUCUACCUCGACAGCCCACCGGGAAACCGACGCGCAAUCUACACCGAUCUCUCACCCUGGUACUUCUUCCACCGCUCAACCUCCCGUCUUGCUUUCGCCCGGCCCCGGAAGUAUGCUAACCAGUCUUAAUUGUUAUCUUUCUCUGCCUGUAGGUUUCUCUUUUUGCGAUCAUUCCGAUAAUGGUACUUCUGUGUGCGGUCAUGAUAUACAUAUUCUCCCUGUUCGUGAGGUGAGGUCAGUCCGCUGGAUCGCACCGAAUAUAAUCGUCCACCCUCCCGAUCGACCGGUCUACGCCGAUUUUUAUUUCACA